AUGAUGCCCAGAUGCUCUGUUCAAUCGAAUGAUGUUCAGCUCUUCCAGAGCUUAACUGGGCUUCAACAGCUUGCCGAAACCCACCGUUUCAAGGCCUGGUUCUUAGAUCAGUUUGGAGUCCUCCAUGACGGGAAGCAGCCUUAUCCUGGUGCAAUCACAACAAUAAAAAACCUAGCAAGUAGUGGUGCAAAAAUGGUAAUUAUAAGUAAUUCCUCAAGACGCUCGUCUACAACCAUGGAGAAAUUGAGAAGCCUUGGGUUUGAUCCUUCUCUAUUUGUCGGAGCCAUCACGAGUGGAGAAUUAACACAUCAGAACUUGCAAAGGCCAGACUAG